AUGGCAGAAUCAGACUCCAAUCCAACGCAGCAGCAACAACCUGCAUCAACCUCCGCUCCCCCACCUGCCCCGGAGUCGCAAAUCCCCGGACCUCGCGCAUCGCGGCUGAUUCAGGUCUUUGACCAAGCUUUAGCACGUACCCUUCGUGCGAACUCAUAUUCCAAUUUUGCGGGCUGUUUCCCCACGCCUGCCCGACAUGUUCCUGCUAGCCUAGAAAGCGUGUGGAGGCAAUUGAACGCAAAGCUGGAAGAGGGUGCUAAGGCAGAAUUCGAGGAAAUCAUUGCUGAAAGAGAAGCCGUGAAGCAUAUCAAUGAAUUGGAUCGCUUGGUCGCAGAGGCAAGAAUCAGGAAGGAUAGUGAGGGGGAGAGCGGAAAUGAACCACAACCGGGCAAUGCCCCUCAUACACUCGGAGCUGAAGAUUUAUACAAGGCACAUUUGACGCCUUAUCUUCAGGAAGCGCAGGCUACCCUGAACGAUAAGCUUGAGGCUACACACGGUCAAAACGCAGAAUUAUCACAAACCGUACAGGCACAGAGAUUAGAGAUUGAGAAGCUCCUUUCUCAUCUUGAAUCAGUUGUUGCGGAUGUCGAAGGUGCUGCGACGGCAGCCACAGAGUUCAGUCAGGAGCACCAUAUUCGCCAAGAUGCGGUUCAAAUGGACGAGGAAGUCAACCCCCGACCAACCAUCUAA